GGCGGCGGGAUCCGAGCGGGCGACAGCUGCGCGGCGGCCGGUUCCUCGCCCCCGUUUCCAGCGAAAGGGGCGGGAGGGGGAGUUCAAAGGCAUAAACAAGGAGCGCGGGACCAAAUUCCUCCCCCUCCCUCUCCUCUAACGGGCUCGGCGAUAAAUCCGGCUCGGCUAUGCUUCGCGAUGGGGACGUGCCGCCGCCUUCCCCUCGCUGAGGCGGGGGCCGCGUUCCCCUCCCCGCGGAGACGGCGGCUGCGGCGGGGGCUCCCGUGUCCCCGGCAGGAGAGCGGCCGCCGCUGAGGUGCCGUGCCCCCGGCGAGCCCGCCGCCGCGGUACGGGGGGGACCGUGCCGCUGCGACAGGGGAGGACGGGGCUCGGCGCGGGGAGGAGGCGCUGCGAGCAUGCGCCGGGCGAGCCGCUGACUGGGCGCUCCGUCAGGGUUCCGAGAAAAAGGGAAAAAGAAAGAAAGAAAGAAAAAGGGAAGGGAUGAGGGGAAAGAGGAUGAGCGACGGCGGAGGGAAGCGAGAAGGGUUUUAAAGGAGGCCGGCGGGAUCCCGCGGGAAGGAGCGGCUGUGGCAUGCGGGGCUCUCCGGCACCAACAGCAGCAAUCAGGCUCUUUUGUGAACGAUAUUUUGAUGGCAUGACAAAUCAGAACGAAGAGGAUGUACUGUAUGACUAGACACCAGAUCAGUUCUGUUUGUGGAUUACAUUUUCAGUAAGAUGUAUGGAUCUAUUUUUUCCUUGUUCUUAUAUAUAGAUCAUGAGACUUGACUGAGGCAAUAUACAUAUCAUCCAUCCAUCUAUGGCGAACUACAGCCAUGCAGCUGACAACAUUUUACAAAAUCUCUCUCCUUUAACAGCUUUUCUGAAACUGACUUCACUGGGUUUCAUAAUAGGAGUCAGUGUGGUGGGUAACCUUCUGAUCUCCAUUUUGCUAGUCAAAGAUAAGACCUUGCAUAGAGCUCCUUACUACUUCCUGUUGGAUCUUUGCUGCUCAGAUAUCCUCAGAUCUGCAAUUUGUUUCCCGUUUGUUUUCACCUCUGUAAAAAAUGGCUCUACUUGGACGUACGGGACUCUUACUUGCAAAGUGAUUGCCUUUUUGGGGGUUUUGUCCUGCUUUCACACUGCUUUCAUGUUAUUCUGCAUAAGCGUCACCAGAUACUUAGCUAUUGCCCACCACCGUUUUUAUACAAAGAGGCUGACCUUCUGGACUUGUUUGGCUGUGAUCUGUAUGGUGUGGACUCUCUCUGUAGCCAUGGCUUUCCCCCCAGUUUUAGAUGUGGGCACCUACUCGUUCAUUAGGGAGGAAGACCAAUGCACUUUCCAGCAUCGUUCCUUCAGGGCUAAUGAUUCUUUGGGAUUUAUGCUUCUUCUUGCCCUCAUCCUCCUAGCCACACAGCUUGUCUACCUCAAGCUGAUAUUUUUUGUUCACGAUCGCAGGAAAAUGAAGCCAGUCCAGUUUGUUGCAGCGGUGAGCCAGAACUGGACAUUUCACGGUCCCGGAGCGAGUGGUCAAGCAGCUGCUAAUUGGCUGGCUGGAUUUGGAAGGGGUCCCACACCGCCAACCUUGUUGGGAAUCAGGCAAAACGCCAACACCACAGGCAGGAGAAGGCUCCUGGUUUUAGACGAGUUCAAAAUGGAGAAGAGAAUCAGCAGAAUGUUCUACAUCAUGACAUUCCUCUUUCUGACCUUGUGGGGUCCCUAUUUGGUAGCCUGUUACUGGAGAGUUUUUGCAAGAGGGCCUGUAGUACCGGGGGGAUUUCUAACGGCCGCUGUCUGGAUGAGUUUUGCCCAAGCUGGAAUCAAUCCUUUUGUCUGCAUUUUCUCCAACAGGGAGCUGAGGCGCUGUUUCAGCACAACCCUUCUUUACUGCAGAAAAUCCAGGUUACCAAGGGAACCUUACUGUGUUAUAUGAGGGAGCAUCUGUAAAUCUUUAGCCUUGUGAAACACUACCAUUCUCUGCUAAGCAAUUGUGGCCUGUAGCCAUGUCUUGAGAAGAAAAUCAAGAACGGGAUGUCAGCAGUUGUAAGGAUUUGGGCAACAUUCUGCAGUCUUUGCAAUAGCUCACCUCUAAUCCUAUUUUAAACCUAAACAUGUUCCUGCUGACCACUGCUGAAGGUUUGUAAUUAAGAACAAAGGACUGAACUACUGCCCUGAAUUUCUUUAUGUGGUUGAAAUCUAGAUUAUGAAAGUAGCAGGUGCUAAGUAUCAGUGCUAAAUGCUGUGUAUAUCACUACAUAAAAUAAGACCAUCAGAAACAUUAGCAUUGGACAUCUUAAUAAAUUAAGUUGAUAUGAGGUUAAUGUGUUGAUAAAACUAAUUUUAGACAUCUGAAGACCUUUAAAACAUUUCAUACAAUUAUUGUUUUGCAAAGACUGAAAACUGGGGACUCAAGUACUGUAACUGAUUAAAGAUGUGCCAUGCAUUAUUGGAUUAUCACACUUACAAAUCUGUUUGCCUUGUGAGUAAGUUUUGGGGAGCAUUCCAAAGCAGUAUUUUUGUUCACAUUUAGACUUAUUUUUUAUUUUAUUUUAUUUUUAUUUUUUUUCAAAUAUAUUACUCUUUCUAAAUGCCAUUUUCCUUAACAGUGAAAUAAUAACAUUUAACUGUAUUCUGUGGUUUUUGCUGAUUUGGUAUAAAGUUUAAUAGACUCUUAUUUAUAUUUUUUAAAAAGCUAGAUAUCAGUCUGUUAGGCAACGUUAAUGAUAAUAUCCAGUCAUAAUUGAACAGUUACAAUUAUACAGAAUAAACACAUGUUGCCUUAAAGGGUUAUCUAGUAUCUUCCAUUUUGUUUAGCAUUGAAGCAAAUAAGCAAGGAAAAUUGAAUCAGUGACUCUGGUCAGUCAUUUGGGAGUGCAUGAACGAUCACUUAGUCCUCUUUUUUCCUUUUUACUCCGAUGGUUCCCAAAAUCAGUAUGCACAUCACUGGGAUGAUACGAUUUUUUUCUAGGUGUGCCGCCCUUUCUAGUUUGUUCUGAGAAACACAGGCAGUUGAUGUAUGUUUAUAUUUUAAGACAGCUGUCAUGGGGAGACCGCAGCCUUAGUAUGAUAUCUUGCACAAUUUGUGAAGCAUUUAUUCUACUGAAGGCACAGUCUUGUUUAUAUUUUCUGCACAUUUUGGUGUAUUGGUUGUUUUAAAUUAUUUAAGUUUUAACUUGUGAAAGCAUAUAAUAUGAUUUCUUAGUAUUUUAGAAAUACAUUAGAGUCUGUGAGUCUUUCCUUCUUUAAGAUACAGAUGUGUGGAUUUCAAUAUAAAGUUGCAUUUGCCAAAA